GAGAAGCAGCGGGAGGAGGAGAGACGGAGACACGCGCAGAGUUGCAGCGCUGAAUUCCCUCGGUACGAAUCCGGAAAGAAUUUCGAGCGAUCGACACGAUCUUGGAGCUAUGGCUGCCAGAGGAGCAUUGCUGCGCUCGUUUCGAAGAUCCACUUGCCAGAUGACUCGAACUGUUGCUUCUUCUUCCGCGACAACCCGUUCUCACUUGGCUCAAGUCUUGAAGCAUGAUGUUGCUCUUCCACUCGCUCCAUCGUUCUCUGCUACAGACCAUCUACCCUAUGUCGGAUAUCCCCCUGCUUUUCGUCCUCGACUUUUCUCGUCCCAUGCUGCUGGUUCCUCAUCCAAUGUUGUCUUAGUGAGCGAUGACGCACAUUUUCAACAGUCGCUUAAAGAAGUUGAAAGUUCUAAGUCCCUUGGUGUUGUCUACUUCACCGCACAAUGGUGUGGCCCAUGCAAACAGAUAGCUCCAUACAUCGAUGAGCUGAGCCGAGAGUUUGAUGACGUUACUUUUCUGAAAAUUGAUGUCGAUAACUUGAAGUUGGAGGAAACGAUGAAAGACUCAAGAAUAGGAGUUGUGCCGACUUUCCAAUUCCACAAAGGAGGCAAACUUGUUGGUGAACUGACAGGAGCUGUGAAGGAUAAAUUAAAAAACCUCGUUUCUACGUUAAGGGCUAAACCGCAAUGACGAAGUAGAUCAUGGACGCACACAACUGAAAUUGACAAUGUCAGUUUGUGUAGGUCAGUUUAUUUAGAAUUAUGAAUGAUGACAGCAACUUGGGUGACAAAAGCUUCCUAUCUAGGGCCCCUUAGAAAUACACAGUCAACUCUAAUGGAAACUCUAACUGACGUGUAGACUGCAGCUCUGCGCUUGCGAUUAAAAUGUUGCUAACACCGUCUAUCUCUGGUACUGCAAGUGCUUGCGAAGGCAUUUCAGUUCUGUUUUUAGAGAGAAGUCUGAAAUAGAAUCUGGUUGAUACAAAGAAACUUUGUUCAUAUAACCAGAAUGUUGGUUGCUGCUUAAUGCUCCAAGAAAAAUCUCAAAUUCACUUGAUAAACAAUCUCAAAAAACAAAUGCACUGCAUUUGAUGGCC